UCAAGUAACUAACAUGAUGAAGUGGCUUGUCGUUCUCUCAGCCCUCGUGGCUUUCUCCGAGUGCUUCCAUAAGCUGCCCCUGAUCAAGGGCAAGACUGCCAGGGAGGAACUGCAGGAGAGAGGAUUGUGGGAGGACUACAGGAAGCAGUAUCCUUACCACCCAAUGGCCAAGUUUUACCAGGAUGGUACUGAGCCAAUGACCAAUGAUGCUGACCUGUCCUACUAUGGUGUGGUCUCCAUCGGCACCCCUCCUCAGUCCUUCAAGGUCAUCUUUGACACUGGCUCCUCUAACCUGUGGGUCCCCUCAGUCUACUGCUCCAGCCAGGCCUGCCAGAACCACAAGAAAUUCAACCCUCAGCAGUCCUCCACCUUCAAGUGGGGCGACCAGCCUCUGUCCAUCCAGUACGGUACUGGCAGUAUGACCGGUCGUCUGGCCAGUGACAUUGUUGAGGUGGGUGGCAUCUCUGUGAACAACCAGGUGUUCGGAAUUAGCCAGUCAGAGGCUCCCUUCAUGGCUUACAUGAAGGCUGAUGGUAUCCUGGGACUGGCCUUCCAGUCCAUUGCCUCCGACAACGUUGUGCCUGUCUUUGACAACAUGGUCAGCCAGGGACUGGUUUCCCAGCCUCUGUUCUCCGUCUACCUGAGCAGCAACAGUCAGCAGGGCAGUGAGGUGGUCUUCGGCGGUAUUGACAGCAGCCACUACACUGGACAAAUCACCUGGAUCCCUCUGACCUCUGCUACCUACUGGCAGAUCCAAAUGGACAGUGUUACCAUCAAUGGACAGACUGUGGCUUGCUCUGGUGGCUGCCAGGCCAUCAUUGACACUGGCACCUCCCUGAUCGUUGGCCCAUCCAGAGACAUCUACAACAUGAAUGCCUGGGUUGGAGCUUCAACCACCCAGAAUGGAGAUGCUACAGUGAACUGCCAGAACAUCCAGAGCAUGCCCGAGGUCACCUUCACUCUGAACGGACACGCCUUCACCAUCCCUGCAUCUGCCUACGUCUCUCAGAGCUACUAUGGUUGCAGAACUGGCUUUGGCGGAGAGGGCAAUCAGCAGCUCUGGAUCCUGGGAGAUGUCUUCAUCAGGCAGUACUACUCCAUCUUCGAUACCCAGGGCCAGAGAAUUGGUCUGGCUCAGGCUGUGUAAUCAAAUGAAACACCUGAUGGAUAAUCUAUAAAUGUAUAUUUCCUGUAGGUGCUUGUCUGAUUGAUAACUGAAAAAUUGUGCAAAUGGGAGAAAAUGUACAUCUGAACAUGCUUCAACUGCCUUUGCAUUAAAAAAAAGAU